GACAGGCGGGAGCGGCUGUUGGCGAGCGAAGAGAGCGCUGGCGCUCAGUACCGAACGCGCGUGGUCAGAGUCGGAAGUGGAGGGCUUUUCCUACAUGAGACGAAUCGCCGAUUCGAGCGCACGCACCCAUUUCGAGAUAAUCUGUUGAGCAUUGAAGCAUGGAGCAAUACCCAGAUUUACAAGAAGACCUGAGUCUGGAAGACACUAGUGAAUCUCUCAAUCAGCUCAAAUUGGCUUCUCUAGAUGAUAAAAAUUGGCCAUCAGAUGAAGAGCCUGUUUUCCCAAAGUCAGAUGAUACCAAGAGCUCCCCUGAUUCUGUCACACACCUGCGGUGGGAUGAUCCAUACUAUGACAUUGCUAGGCACCAGAUUGUGGAAGUAGCAGGUGAUGAUAAGUAUGGACGGAAAGUAAUUUUGUUCAGUGCCUGCCGUAUGCCUCCUAGCUAUCAACUUGAUCAUGUGAAGCUGUUGAGCUAUUUGAAGUAUACAUUGGACCAGUAUGUGGAGAGUGACUACACCCUAGUAUAUCUGCAUCAUGGCCUGACCAGUGAAAAUAAACCAUCUCUAAGUUGGCUGCGGGAUGCCUAUCGGGAAUUUGAUCGCAAAUACAAAAAGAACAUCAAAGCAUUGUUCAUUGUGCACCCAACCAUGUUCAUCAAGACACUGCUGAUUCUCUUUAAGCCCUUGAUCAGCUUUAAGUUUGGACGGAAGAUAUUCUAUGCAAACUACCUGAGCGACCUUGAGGAGCAUGUGAAGUUGGAACAGCUUGGGAUCCCAAGCCAGGUGCUAAAGUAUGAUGAAUAUCUGAGAUCAUUGCAAAAACCUACCCAAGUGCCUCAGAAAGUAACACCACCCCGUCCACCUCUGCCAAAUCAGCAGUUUGGAGUUUCUCUCCAGCACCUGAGGGAGAAGAGCUCAGACUGCAAUCCUAUCCCACUGGUGGUCAGAGAAACCAUUACUUAUCUACAAGAGCAUGCUCUUACCACACAGGGGAUUUUCCGGCGAUCCGCAAAUACACAAACAGUAAAAGAGGUUCAACAGAAAUACAACAUGGGACUGCCUGUAGAUUUCGUAGCAUAUGAGGAUGUGCAUCUUCCUGCUGUGAUUCUAAAGACCUUCUUGAGGGAUCUGCCUGAGCCUCUACUCACCUUUGGUCUCUACAGUGAUGUUGUUAAUUUCUACAGCAUGGAGGAAGAAAAGAGUAUAGAUAUUGUGCGCAAAACACUUCAGACUCUCCCUGAGGAAAACCAUCAAGUUCUGUGUUUAUUAAUGUCCUUUCUUGGGCAGGUCUCUGCCAACAGUGAUAUCAACAAGAUGACCAAUGCCAAUCUGGCAGUAGUUUUUGGCCCAAAUCUGUUGUGGGCUAAAGAUGCAGCUAUAACCCUCAAAGCCAUCAAUCCUAUCAACACCUUCACCAAGUUCCUAUUGGACAACCAGAUGGAGCUUUUCCAGAACACAGAGGCUUGAUAACCUGUUUGUGCUAGCACGCCCUGUAUCCACUGUGAUCAUUCCUUUCUUCUUCCCCUCCUUCCUUUCUUUUCUACCUUGCUUUGGAGAUGUGGCCAUUCUAAGGAAGAUCCAGGUUAUGGUGUGAAAGAUGGAUACAGUUUGCUUGUUUGUGUAUAUGGGGUUUUUUUGCAAGAGGGGUCUGAUCAGAUGAGGAUGGAAAACAGAUCUUAAAAAUCAAGUUCUGCCUUGGCUGUUCUGUCUGGGGUACUGGUACUAGUAUUCAGGUUGUUCUUAAAUGUUUAGGUCCCUUCCUUUUCCAAGGGUGUCCUGUCAAAUAAAUCUCCUCAAAUAUCAAUGGAAUUGCUUUCUCUUAGUACCAGGGCUCUGGGAGGGCUAGAGUAGAAUCUAUUUCAGUCUGUUCUCUGGUCCAAAUUGGUUCUUCACAGGUAUCCAAGUCAGACUUUAAUACCCUUUAAUACUGAGAGUGACCAUUGCUGAAUACACUUUACUUUAUACCUUUGAUGGACACAUGGGCUUAGCCCCUGGGCAAAACUGAGCCAUAGUAAUACAACUGGCUUAAGUGCCUGGAGAGUUAUCUAUAGAUUUCAUGCAGCGCUGACACUUGAUCUGCUAUCAGAUGUUCCUGUUGUAUUAAGAUACAUGCUCUUGGAUGUAGUGGAGCUCUAUAUUCUGCCUUUACAGUGUCCUCCUGUAGGCUUUGCCAGCAGUUUAAUUCAAAUUGGCCUUGGCAGCAAGCCUUUCCUUUUUAAUUGGGAGAUAAUGAAUGCAAGUGUGUAUGUACUGAUAUUCAUUCAACCUGGCCAGGUGAUAUUAGCUCCUUUCUGCCAAAGUCCAGAUCAAAUACUGGCCAUACCUGUGGCUGAAACACAGGAAAUGUGCUAUUAGGUGGUUCUGGCUGCAGCGCUUUAGCCUUUGGAAUUAGACUGUUUUCAAGCAAAAGCUUCAUGAUGGGGGCCAAAUCCUAUUCUAAUCUGUUGGGAUCUACUGUGCCAAAAUUAUUACAAAACGAGUUUGUUUCUACCAUCUUUUCCUUAUUGGGUUCAAAUGUAGUUCUUCAACUUAGUCAAAAUGACUCUGAUGCACCCUUGGUUUCCUUUGCACUUGAGAGAUAUGAAGCAUUGCUAUCUCUUUCUAGGAACUGAGACAGCCCUGCAGUAUGUUUAUCUGGUUUUUGACUCUAUCUUUUUGACUGUUUCAUGGAGUUAGUUUUGUAAGCACUAGUCUUAAUCUGUAUAAAAAUAGUAGUGGCCUACAGGGUGUUCAGCAGCCAUAGUUUUAAAAUAAAAUCUUAACAUUUCCAUUAUGUUUUGCUGACAGCUAUGUUAGGAGCUGGAUAUGAUUACAUAGCCAUAAGUUGACCCUGUAAAAUAGCAGGGCAGAAUUUGCAGAAUUAUAGAGGCUAGCAAUGUUUUUUACCCCAUAGUUCAAUGCAAUUACUCAAUAAAAUUGUUCGUUACGGUUAUAAUUAACAAAUGAUCAAUGAGUACCAAAAAGUGCACCUGGUAAUCAGUGCCCAUAGUCCAACCAUGGCCAGUGAGUUAGCUCUAGUAGUACUUGAAAGAAUUCCAAAACUGUUAGUGAUAACUGGGAAUGGCAGAUUAAGGUGGUUGAAACUAUCAGGAGGGGCUGAUGUGCUAAGAUUGCUCAUUCUCCUUUAUUAAGGCAUAUAUGAUCAGUCUGAUGUGUUGUAGAUAGUGGUUAGUCUGAAGAAACAUGGGGACCCUUUUAGCUAGAAAUGGAAAAUGAUAAAGAUUAUCAAAAGCUUUUUUUUUUCUAAUGUCUUUCAUACAAUACUAUUUAGCAUGACUAAAUGAGGAGUGGCCUUGUGUGGAAGCUGUAUCAAUUAGCUUCACUGUUUUAUAUUUCAGGCCAUGAACUUGUUGUAAAAGCUUGUAGGCUGUCUAUUUUUUAUAGCAUGCCAUUGUGAUUCAGGCUAGAUUUGAUCUGAUUCCAAGCUACAAAAGUAUUGCUUUGUUUAUUAAAAAUGCCCAGAUGGAAAAGAAACUGAUUCUAUAAAAGCUGUAAUUUAGAAUAGUAAGGUCCCAGGCUGCAAGUUCAGCCCCUGCACCCAAACUGUAAUUUCUAUACUGAAUUACUUUCAGAAUAAUGUUAAUGCAAGUUGGGGAGAAGAGUUUCUUUGGGGUUAAGUAUUGCCAUAACUAGGCAGUGACACAUUUAUCAAUUACAUAUAUUUCAAACUCCUGAAUGUGACUUUGCAUUGCCAGGUUAUAAAAUGUACCUUGUUAAGUGGUGCACAUUAUGAAAGUGAACUUGCAAAACUCUAGAAGUGAGCCAGUGUAAAUAAAUCUGUUAAUUUUCUCACUUUGCUGGAGCUACCAGAAAAUCUAGAGCCUAUGAUUGCUUUGUUUCUUUUUCUCAUUUUGCCUUUUUACAACUGUGGCUAGCCAUGGAGCUGCGAUAGGCUAGACUGCUUAAAAGAAUGAAAUAUGCGGCUUGAACUACACUGCACUCCAAGUUUUGAUUUCCAAAAUGCCUGCUGCCUGGAUUGGGGUAUCCAAGCAGGCAAUCAGAAUAAUUAGAGGAGCAGCAUCUCAUGUAGCUGCUUAUGUCUUCCCACUUCCUUUUCUAACAGAACUUGAUAGUUUAUGGUGGCUAUACUUCCUGUCCUCCUUUGUCCCUCCAAUGGUAUAUCUCCUUAUUCCUGUUUCUUGCUGCUUGGCUUUCACGUUAGGUAUUGACCACAGUAUUUCUGUUGAUGGAACACUCUGUCUCCACUCUCUUUUUUGCCUGUUAAUAAACCCACUGAUACUUUGGUAUCCUUGGAACACAGUCUGUGCCCGCAAUGCUAGCAGUUGGUCUUUUGCUUGUACUGACAACAGCUUUUGGGUAAUAUUGCUGAUGUUGAGGCCAAUCUUAUAUGUGUUGCCUCAGCCAAAUAUUACACGGCCAAAUGAGCCCUUGUUGCGCACUCUCUAGCAAUUUUUGUUGCUGUUUCUUAUAUUUUUCUUCUUUUAACUGUUUAUUGGGAGCAAGGCUGGGGAUUGUUACUGUGACUUUUAUUUACACAUCCUUGUUUAUUUCCUUCCAAUGGUACCAAUCUUGUAUUCAGUUUGCACUUUUUGUACUUCAAUAAACACCCAAAACCAAUAACAGA